GAUGCGCGUCCGGCCAUGGAUCGAUGUGGUUGCUUUCCUUUCCUCCAUUGCUGCUGAAAGGAAGGAAAAAACUCUGGGUCAGAGUCGGACCACGCCGCCACCACCACCGGCAGGGCAGGGGAGGGAACACCAAAACCGCAAGCAUUUCCUUCCUUCUCCCUCCAAUUCUUUCCUCCUCCUUUAAUUAAUUAUUAAUCCCCCGCGGCCGCUCCCUCCCUGCGUGUCCUGCUCUGCUCGCUCCCCUUCUCCCUCCCCCCACCUCCCCACCACCGAUUUAACCACCACCACCACCAGGCAGCAGCCAGCAGCAAGCUACAAGAGCAGAGCGGCGCAGCGACGGCAGAUUCUACCGCCAAAGAUCUCGCCUUUUCCCCCCACCCUCCCGAAUUUCGCCGCCGGCCAGAGGCGGCGCGGCGCGGGCGUUAGCGUUCGCCCCCUUCCCGGACUAUCAGUUGAUCUGGUGGCACAGUUCUGGAAUUUUCACCGGUGACGAAGGUCCCUCUGGUUGCUUUGAGUAGGAGUAUGAACUAUCAUUGACUUGGGAGCAGUGUUUUUAUGGGAAGAGAAAAGCUCCAUAAGCAGCCAUCUGGUCGUCUGAUUGAAUCCCUUAAAAUGGAGAGGGUCAGGACUAUUCUGACUCAUAGAUACCCAUACCCACAUGAGCAUUCAAGACAUUUCAUGAUUGCUGUGAUUGUUGGCUGGCUUUUCCUCCUUUCAUCAGAUAACUUACAAACCCUUAUAAUGAAAUUGGACAAGAAUUUUAAAUGGUGGUCGAUGUAUGCCUGUUUGAUUGGUUUCUUCUAUUUCUUCUCAUCACCAUUUAUUAGGAAGACUAUCAAGCCAAACUAUUCAAACUUUAGUCGUUGGUACGUUGCUUGGAUAUUCUUGGCAGCAUUAUACCAUCUCCCUAGUUUUCAGUCAAUGGGGUUGGAUUUGAGGAUGAAUCUUUCCCUCUUCCUCACUAUUUAUAUUUCCUCUCUAGUUUUCUUGAUCGUCUUCCACGUCAUAUUUCUUGGACUCUGGUAUUUGGGUCUUGUUUCUCGCAUGGCAGAGAAAAAGCCAGAGAUGCUUACUAUAAUCCAAAAUUGCGCAGUGAUAAGUAUAGCUUGCUGCGUGUUCUACAGCCACUGUGGUAACAGGACUCUUUCAAGGGAUAAAUCUAUUGAUCGUAGAACUGCUAGCUGGGUUGCAUUUUCACUCUGGAGAAAGCAAAAUGAGGACAACACACUGAUUUCAAAGCUAUUGCGUAUGCAUAAGUUUAAAGACCAGAUUUGCUCAUCCUGGUUUGCCCCGGUUGGCUCUGCCAGUGAUUACCCACUUCUCUCGAAAUGGGCCAUUUAUGGAGAAUUAGCUUCCAAUGGAUCCGAACACUCCAACAUCAUUUCACCUGUCUACUCUUUGUGGGCCACAUUCAUUGGUCUUUACAUGGCCAAUUAUGUCGUGGAGCGGUCAACUGGAUGGGCUCUAACUCAUCCUUUAACAAUUUCGGAGUAUGAGAAUCUGAAGAAACUGUUGAAACCGGAUUUUGAGGACAUGGUUCCUUGGUACUCUGGGACCUCAACAGAUUUAUUCAAAACCGUUUUCGACCUCAUGAUAUCUGUGACACUCUUUGUUGGUAGAUUUGACAUGCGUAUGAUGCAGGCUGCUAUGAACAAAACUCCAGAUGAAUCUAAGAGCAGCGACCUUUUAUACGAUCAUCUUGAUGAGAAAGACGAACUUUGGUUUGACUUCAUUGCAGAUACCGGCGAUGGUGGCAACUCUACAUAUGCUAUAGCACGCUUACUUGCUCAACCUUCUUUAGUCGUAAAGUCUGAUGAUUCCAGGCUUAUAUUUCCCCGUGGAGAACUACUACUUAUUGGUGGAGACCUCGCAUAUCCGAAUCCAUGCUCAUUUACAUAUGAGCGGCGUUUUUUCUGCCCUUUUGAGUAUGCUCUCCAGCCUCCUGCUUGGUACACGCCUGAUCAUAUAGCAUUGGAAAAACCUGAACUUCCUCUUGGAGUUUCUGAGCUCAGGCAGUACAAGGGACCACAAUGUUUUAUGAUUCCUGGAAACCAUGAUUGGUUUGAUGGACUGAACACAUUCAUGAGGUAUGUCUGUCAUAAGAGCUGGCUUGGUGGGUGGUUUUUACCCCAGAAGAGGAGUUAUUUUGCAUUAAAGCUUCCCAAUGGGUGGUGGGUUUUUGGUCUUGACCAAGCUCUACAUGGCGACAUUGAUGUGUACCAGUUCAAGUUUUUUGCAGAAUUAUGUCAACAGAAGGUUGGAGAACAUGAUUCUGUAAUUCUUAUAACUCAUGAGCCAAAUUGGCUUCUCGACUGGUACUGGGGUGAUAAAACUGGAAAAAACGUAACAUAUUUAAUACGUGAGUACCUCAAGGGAAGGUGUAAAUUGCGGAUGGCUGGCGACCUGCACCAUUAUAUGCGUCAUUCUUGCACUGAGUCCAAAGAACCAGUACAUGUGCAACACUUGCUUGUAAAUGGUUGUGGUGGAGCCUUUUUGCAUCCAACACAUGUCUUCGAGAACUUCAAGGAAUGCUAUGGGAACAAGUAUGAAACGAAGGCUGUAUAUCCUUCUUAUGAAGAUUCUAGCAAGAUUGCACUUGGUAAUAUUUUAAAAUUCCGAAGGAAAAAUUGGCAAUUUGAUGUCAUUGGUGGUUUUGUGUAUUUCGUGUUGGUCUUCUCAAUGUUUCCACAGUGUGACUCAUUUCGUAUCUUGCAUGAAGACUCUUGGGAUGGCCGUGUGAAUAGUUUCUUCAAUGCAACGUGGAAUGCUAUUUUUGAGAUUCUAGAGCAUUCUUAUGUAUCCCUAGCUGGUGUUCUUACUCUGUUGACGGUAUCAUUUUUCUUUGUACCCACAAAACUAUCACGUAGAAGACGUGCUUUGCUUGGCUUUCUUCAUGCUGCUGCUCAUAUAACUUCGGCAGUACUACUGAUGCUGCUUAUGGAACUGGGUAUUGAGAUAUGCAUCCGCAACCAUCUACUAGCGACAUCAGGCUACCACACCCUCUAUGAAUGGUACCGUCAGGCAGAAAGUGAACAUUUCCCUGAUCCCACGGGGCUUCGUGCUCGUCUGGAACAGUGGACCUUCGGGCUUUAUCCUGCGUGUAUCAAGUACCUUAUGUCUGCCUUCGACAUCCCAGAGGUUAUGGCAGUAACUAGAAGCACAAUCUGCAGAAAAGGAAUAGAGUCUCUCCCUCGGGGAGGCGCCAUCAUCUACUAUGUGUCUGUCUUUCUCUACUUCUGGGUCUUGUCGACGCCCGUUGUGUCGAUGGUGUUUGGGAGCUACUUAUACGUGUGUAUAAACUGGUUCCAUAUUCACUUUGACGAGGCCUUCUCCUCCCUGCGCAUAGCAAAUUACAAGGCGUUCACGCGGUUCCACAUCAAAAAGAAUGGAGACCUUGAGGUGUUCACCCUGGCUGUGGACAAGGUGCCAAAAGAGUGGAUGCUGGAUCCAGACUGGGAUAUGGAGCCCAAGGAGCCAUUGCAGAUGAGCCACACCAGGAGGUUCCCAAGCAAAUGGCGAGCCGCGUCGGGAUGGUCGGAUCCGACCAGCGUAGUUCGGGUUGUUGACCAGUUUGUCAUUCCACGGACACUGGUAGAUCCUCUUUUACCAGACUCUGCUCCGUGACCGACUUAACACAGGCCACGCUGUUGUAAGCUUGUAUUGUAAAGUAUGUAGUUUACCUUGUGCCAUCUUCUUGGGAGAGGCUGGCUGUACAUAUCAUAGAACAAGGUACAAGUUAGAAAAAGUUUUAAGAGAAAAGAAAAUGUAGAAUCAGCAGGAGGGAGGAAUGGUGUAUAUCUGUUCUGGAAUGAAGCCUCGACUGACCAACGUAUGGUCUGAAGAUGAAGCAAUUGUGUACUAGCAAAUGAACAAAUUGCAUGUGUGGUUCAACUUUUCUCUUUCUCUUAAAGGAAAACAAAGGACUCAUUGACCUUAA